AUGGAGCGACAGCUGUCAAGCAGUGUUCAUCAGCUGCUCAAGAAUGCCGAGAUAGUGUCUGCUGGUGACAAGGACCAGCUUAUCAAUAAGGUCAAGGAAGACCUGGGCAAUAUUCGUCAACUCUACGAAAAGCUCAGCCAGAUCCUGGAAUCCGAUGCCGACUGUACGGAGGAAGAUAUUGACCAGGUCACGUCGCUUCUCAAGUCGUUCAUUCGCCAGAUCGACCCUGACCACCCAUUCGUUGCAGAGACAGAGGAGAGCCUGGCCGAUGGUAUGAUGCCAUUGGCUAGAUUGCUGCUGGGAUAUGUGCUAACACUUUACGAAGUUGAGGCUGUAGACGGACCGGAAGACGGACCAGCAGACGUAUCUGGUAACGAGCCAAGACGCCAUCGAAACAUGGUUUUCACCAAUUACAAUGAGAACGACAUGAUGGAUGCCGCAUGGAACGGACUCGGAGAUGAUGAGGACACGGGACAACGAGAUGACGCGAAGAAGGAUCUCUAUCUCUUGAGUCUCGAUCGCGAGAUUCAGCGGUGGUGGGACCAGAACGACGGGGGCGACUGGUAUCAGGCUUGA